AUGAAGUCUAACGCUGGCCAUAUUGAAACACCGACUCAGGAAUACUGCGACUAUCAAGAAAAUAACCAAAAUCACACCAAUCUUCCCUCUUCUAUCACAGUGGAACUGAUAGGACCUGUCAAACACGAAUCCGUCAUAAUUUCCACUGAGGUAGCUAGAAAUAUGCUCCACGAAUCAAUCGAAAUCGAAGAAAAAUAUCACCCUCCAGAUCCAGAAUCAAUUGAAAUCGAAGAAAAGUAUCAUCCUCCAGAUGCGGAAAUCUUUUCUGGAGUCCACUUCCUUUCCGACGAAAAGAACCUCAACUCAAAAACAGAUUCUUCUUCGGACGACAGUGAAAAUUAUGAAAAAAAGAAAAACGAGUUACUAGAGUAUUUAGUUCAGACAGAUGGUAGCGUCAUCUGCAAACGUUGCGGUGAAGUUCUCGCAUCGAGGACUCACUGGUACCGACAUAAAUAUAAAGUUCAUGUGAUACAAGCAAAUAAUAAGUUAGUAAGCCCUGCUCCUUUGUUUAAAUGCCACCACUGUAAUGUAUUUUUUAAAAGUAGAAAAGGAUAUACAGGACAUAUCGCCUCUAGACACUCAGAGUCCCAAGAAGCAAUUAAACUUGCAGUGACAGAAGUAAUUGUAGAAACCUGUAAUGAAAUUCCCUCGUCUGUAAAUAGGAGAAAAUCGGAGAAAGUAGACAAGGUAGACUGGGAGGAACAGAGAGUCAAAGAAGAAAAACUGGUUGCGGAUAUAAUUAACAGGGUAAAGAAGGAAUGUGAAGCUCAAGGGACAACUGUGACUAGAAGAGGUUACAACAGAAGAUCGACUUCAAUAAUGAAUACUGCUUAAGGUAUUUUUUAACAAAUGAUACGUGCCAAAUUUUUGAAAAGAGUAUUUUUUAUAUGAGUAGAUAAUUGAGUUCCUACAUUGUCUUGUCUGAUUCUAAAUACAAAAAUUAUUUUUAUUGGUGUUAGUUCAUACUCCAACUCGUCUGCUCAGAAAAAGCCUUGUUUGGA